CUGUGACGCAAUUUCCGGCCGCCAACACUGGAAGCAUUUUUUCGCGGUAAAAUGAAAUAGAGACAUCUAAUGUCAGCUACGAGUUCUCUUAUCUAUCACCUAACGUGCUGUUUACCUGUUGCAGUAAGUGCUCAGAAGUCGUUUUAAAAGAACAAGAAGGUUUUUCACGAUGUUAUGAAGUGGGAGAAAAGCUAACAGAAGCUAGCAAAGUCUCAUCAAAACAAGGUUUUGUAGACAGCAGAGAAAAACAAUGGCAACAGUAACAGCAGAAAGCCUACAGUCGGAGCUGGAAGUGUUCGACAUACCCUGCCAAGAUGAGUCCAUCCUCGACAAGAUGGUGGAGCUGUGUAUCUGUAACAGGAUUCAGGCAGAUGAAGUGGUACUGGAGUGGGUGGCCUACAGCACCACAAAAAAAGGACUCAAGCUCACACUGGUCACCCUGGAGCAGUUCGAACAUGAGGUGUUAAACAAGAAAAAGAAACCAAAACCAAGCUUCAGAAAAGAAGACAAUUUUAACAGAACCAGAGACAUCAACUCAUUACAGGACUUAAUCAAAGCUGAAGAAGAGGAGGAGAAUCUACUGGAUGCCUACUCUACUCCUGGCAAGGGCUCUCAGAAGCGGGCACUGACCACUCCUGAACACCCACAAUCAAAAAGAACAGCAGCUCUGCUGACCAGCCCAGGCCUGCUGCUGUCUCCUGCCAGCUUUUCCCCCAGUGCAACACCAUCACAGAAGUACAGUCAGCGAGGAGCCAAAGGGGAGGUGGUUGUUACAUUUGGGACCGUGCAGGGAACUCGCUGGGUUGGCAGGAAGGCUUCAGGUUCAGGUGUCCAGCUCGAGUUGCUGGAAGGGCCUGAAGACUCCCUCCGCUGCAGCUACAAGUACAUGUUCCAGAGGCUACGGGAUAUCCGAAACGUGCUGACAGAGAAGAUAGAAGAGCUUGGCGAGGGCCUCAGGUCCCACUUCAACAUUGAAGAGUUUUCCCCUGUCUCUCUGCCCGCCCAGGACAGUAUCACAGUGUUGGGUCAGGUUUGCUGUGACAGCAAUGGCAAACUAAACGCACAGUCUGUACUGUUGGAAGCAGGACCAGAGCAAGGUGGUCAACAAGUACCUGUUGACCUAUCAGAACUUAAAGAAUACUCCCUGUUUCCUGGUCAGGUGGUGUUGAUGGACGGUAUGAACACAACAGGAAGAAAACUGAUGGCUUCCAAACUGUACGAGGGAAUUCCUCUGCCAUUCUACACAUCUGAGGUGAAAAUGGAGAUGAAUGAAGAGCCUUUAAAUGUCCUGGUAGCAUGUGGACCAUACACUCCCUCUGACAGCCUGAGCUUUGACCCUUUGGUGGACCUUAUCAAUGUGAUUGUCAGAGAUCGUCCUGAUGUCUGCCUACUGCUCGGCCCAUUUUUGGAUUCCAAACAUGAUCACAUUGAGAAAGGCCAAGUGACUGAGACGUUUGAGGCCAUUUUCUCAAGAUGUAUUGAAAGCAUUGUGGAUGGCACCAAGAGUGUUGGCUGUCGAUUGGUGUUUGUGCCGUCCCAGAGAGACAUCCAUCAUCAUUUCGUCUACCCACAGCCUCCCUUCAUCCCUCCACAAAACCUCAGCAAGGACCAGCUCCAGCGCGUCACCUUUGUCCCCGACCCCUGCACCCUGCUGAUUGACGGUGUAACCUUUGGCUUGACGUCCACAGACAUCCUGUUCCACAUGGGUGCAGAGGAGAUCAGCAGCGGUACUGGAUCAGACAGAUUUUCGCGCAUCCUGAAACACAUACUCACCCAGAGGAGCUACUACCCACUAUACCCACCUGUGGAAGACGUCAACAUGGAUUAUGAAAAGUUUCAGAGCUUUGGUCAGAUGCCGCUAACCCCUGAUGUUCUCAUCAUUCCCUCUGAACUGCGCUAUUUCGUGAAGGAUGUUGUUAACUGCGUGUGUGUGAAUCCUGGGCGGCUAACCAAAGGCCAGGUAGGCGGGACGUAUGGCAGACUGCUCAUUCAGCGUAGCGACGCCACAGAAGACAGUAAAAAAGUGAGCCCCUGUUUGACUGCUCAGGUGGUGAAAAUCUAAAGAAAAUAAAGGCUGGAGCGCUCAUUGUCAGCAGACACACGGCAAACUAAUCCAGAAACAGUUUGCCAACAGCUUUGGAAGUGGUGUGCUGAUGUAAAAUAGGCAAAAAAAAAGAAGCCAAAACUCUGUACUAUUGAAACAUCAUCCCUGUUUAUUGUUGUGACAGACUGUUGUGAGUUUAUCGUUCUCUGGCAGGGUCUAUCAUGACUGUUUGAAUAUCAGUCACGCUGAUACAACAGCAACGACAAACUCAUCAAUAAAUUAUUGUCACACUUUGUAAAAUUUCUUUUAGUCUGUUUGCAGUUUCUCUUUCUGAUAAGAGAUUAAACCUGUUUAAAACCUGUUCCAUAUUUGUAUGAAAAACUGUAUCCGAAAAUAAAAUGAAAAUGCACAUGU